GCUUCUUCUAUCUAACUAAUUGUGAUUUUUCUAGAUUUGUUUUGGAUCGUUCUAGAUGAAGAGGAUCGCCGGAGUCGCCGCCGUUUGCCGCGCCGUGAGGGGUGUCGCCGUCGCUUCUUCAGGUCCUGGAUGCCUUGGUCAGCAUCCCAGCCGCCUCUUCCAGGCGGCUGCUUAUAGCACGAACGGGAAUGGGAAUUCCUUGGGUAGAUCUAACUGGUUUUCGUACAAUAGGAUCGCCGGUGAUCAGACCGCCGGCGUUUUCGCCGGGACGAUGCUGUUUUCGGCGGCGGCGAGCACGGUUGUGGAGGAGGUCCACGCUAAAGAACCCGUGGAGUCGAUGUUCAGGCCUAAGGACAUGGUUCUCUAUCAGUACGAAGCUUGCCCUUUCUGUAACAAAGUCAGAGCUUUUCUAGACUACCAUGAUGUGCCGUACAAAGUUGUGGAGGUCAAUCCUAUAAGCAAAAAGGAAAUAAAGUGGUCCGAUUACAAGAAAGUGCCCAUAUUGAUGGUUGGUGGUGAGCAAAUGGUUGAUUCAUCAGCUAUAAUCAAUACCUUGACCAAAAAGAUUAAUCCUGAGGCUUCUGUUGAUUCUGCAAGUGAAGAUAGUGAAGAGAACAAGUGGCGGAGUUGGGUGGACAAUCACUUGGUUCAUGUGCUGUCCCCUAAUAUAUACCGAAGUCCAUCUGAAGCACUCGAGUCAUUCGACUACAUCACGAGUCAAGGUAAUUUCAGCUUCACCGAAAAAUUAACUGCAAAGUACGCCGGAGCUGCUGCCAUGUAUUUUGUCUCAAAGAAACUGAAGAAAAGGCACAACAUCAGCGACGAGCGUGCUGCUUUGUACAAAGCAGCAGAAACAUGGGUGGAUGCGCUCAAGGGUCGAGACUUUUUAGGGGGAUCGAAGCCUAAUUUGGCAGACCUUGCUGUCUACGGCGUCUUGAGGCCUAUCAGGUACCUCAAGUCCGGCAGAGACAUGGUGGAGAACACACGCAUUGGCGAUUGGUACAGUCGAAUGGAAAAUGCUGUGGGAGUGUCUUCUCGACUGCCGGUUUGAUUCCGAAGUUGUUUACUUUAUCCCAUGAUAAAUAGAGUUAUAGUCGAAAAUUGUGAUACCUAUGCAUAAUAUUUAAGUUGUUGAUUGCUGGGAGAGAGAUGAUCCCUAGCUUGUUGGUUCUGAAGGAUUGUUGGAUCCUAAUCUGGAGGGAUGAAACAUCACUAAUGUCAUAUUAUACAUAAAAUUUCAGCUGUAUGCUACGAAUGAAUAAUUAUUGAAAUUUGGCCGCGGCUUUUCUGUUAA